AUGGAUUACAACAUAAAUUCGGCAUACGAAUUCGAAAAAAUGCGUUACGUCGCUGCUUACUUACUUGCUGUCCUCGGAGGAAACGCCAGUCCAUCAAAUGCUGACCUCGAAAAAAUUUUAUCUUCAGUUGGAGUAGAAGUGGACGCUGCUCGAGUUACCAAAAUUAUUGGUGAACUCAAAGGCAAAUCUAUUGAGGAGUUGAUUUCUCAAGGACGUGAGAAACUUUCCUCAAUGCCUGCUGGAGGUGGUGCAGCUGCUGCAGCACCUGCUGCUGGUGCUGCUCCUGCUGCUGCAGAGGAAAAGAAAGAAGAGAAGAAGAAGGUUGAAUCAGAAUCUGAGGAAGAUGAUGAUAUGGGCUUCGGUCUCUUUGAGUAAAGAAGACGUGGUAUAAUUGAUGUCAGCUUUCAAUCGUUCCAAUUUUAAGAUACAAAAUAAAAUACCACAUUUUAUAAAACUUUAAUUCAUUUUUUUAUUGCUACAUAGCUAUUUUUUAAUUUCAUCUUCAUCGAUAAAGUCUUCAUCAAACAUGUCAGAAUUGUAAUCUUCGUCAUCAUCUUGGAUGUCUUCGUUUUCUAAAUUAUUUCUAUAUCUAUUUGGAUCUUUUUUCUUUUUAUAUUGCUUUUGUUCCAAAUAUUUAACAAACUCUUCUCGAACAACAACUUCUUUGUUAAGUCUGUCAAUUUCAUCAUUGACUGCUUGAAUGUCUCGUGUUGGAACAGCAGAUGCAAGAUAGGUUUCAUUUCUGACUUCGAGUGUGUCCCACGCUUUCUUUGUUUUUUCAAUAUUUACUGCUAUUUUUUUCAUGAUUGCAGAAUGGUCGAUUCCUAAAGCAUCAUGCCGCAUUUCAGGUAACUCAUCGUCAUUGUCUUCUAUGUUAUCUUGUGCAUUCUCUUCUAUUUCAAAAAUUUUUGAUUUUAGAUCUUCAGUUAAUUUUGUUAAUAACUGCGGUUCAUUCUUAUGAUUAAACAGUGUUGGAUCCGAUGGCACAAAAUCUUCUCCAAAAUCAGCUCUUUGUAGGAGAUUAUCAAUUUCGACUAAUUUAGAGUGAUAUUUAUCUUUAACAAAAUAAACUCGAGGUACUUCUCCCAUCAACCGAAGUUGUGACAGCUCAUGCCGCAAUGGACCAGCAAUCGAUUUUAAUAUGUCCGCAAUUUUAUCAUCAUUUUGAUCUCCUUUGGCAAGCCAAAAAACAUUUAGAGAAUUAAAAUCUGGAGCGACUUUUAUUAAUGAAACCUGCACUCCAUAACCAACAAGAUCACGACAGAACUUAUCAGUGGCCAUCAUAUCUGUUAUAUUCUUCAUAAACAAUUUGUUUAAAACUGUUAUUCUUUUUAAAUUUUGCUUCUGUGGUCCUUUUCCAUCUGUCAGUUUUUUAGCACUUUCCAAUUUAGGUAAUUCUGUGCUAUAUCUCCACCGCCUAUUCCCUUUUUCACGACCAGACAUUAUUUUUUUCAGCAUAUUUACUUGUUUGUUUAAGCUUACUGAUGAACCCUUUUUGUGGAGAUGACAUGAUGUGGUAAUGCUUCGUUGUACAAAGAGAAAAGAGCAUUUUUGGCGAAACAUUGUUUUUCUUUUUUAAUUGACGAUUUGAAGAAAGUUUUAUGAAGCGAAUAUUUAUGUAAUUGAAGUGUGAUUUUUUUGGUGGAACUUUUAGCGAGUGAUCAUGGAUUAAUGAAUUGUUUACAAUUUAAAAAUAGUUAGAACUUUAUAAUUUAUCUGUCAUGUUUACAAUCAUUGUGUAUUUUUAUCACAAAUAAAAAAU